GCCAGAGGCGUCAGAUAAACUUGGUCUGGUCACGUGGAGCGUGGUUCCCGUCAUUCUGUGGGUCAGGUGAUUCCCGGUCGCGUUCAGUCCGUUCUGAGGACUCGCCGCCGCCGCCGCCAUGUCCGGGCUCGCGCUGCUGUAUUCGGGGCUGGGGCUGACCGCGGCCGCCACCAUCACCGGCAUCGGAAUCUGCUACACAAUAUUUGACCUUGGUUUCCGUUUCGAUAUAGCAUGGUUCCUGACAGAGACCUCGCCAUACUUGUGGUCCAACCUGGGCAUUGGGCUGGCCAUCUCAUUAUCAGUGGUGGGUGCUGCCUGGGGCAUUUACAUUACUGGAUCCAGCAUCCUUGGCGGUGGUGUCAAAGCACCUAGGAUCAAAACCAAAAAUCUGGUCAGCAUCAUCUUUUGUGAAGCUGUGGCCAUCUAUGGAAUCAUCAUGGCCAUCGUCAUCACCAACAUGGCUGAGCAAUUUACGGGCAGAACCCCUAAGGCGAUUGGCGCCCAGAACUACCAUGCAGGUUUCUCCAUGUUUGGGGCAGGCUUGACUGUGGGCCUGUCCAAUCUCUUCUGUGGUAUAUGUGUGGGCAUUGUGGGCAGUGGUGCAGCAUUGGCAGAUGCCCAGAAUGCCAGCCUCUUUGUCAAGAUCCUCAUCGUGGAAAUCUUUGGCAGUGCCAUCGGACUCUUUGGAGUCAUCGUGGCUAUCCUGCAGGUGUCUAAAGUGAAAAUGGGCGACUAAGCCCUUUGCCACCAGCCUGUCUGCCAGCUGCAGACUCUGUACAUAUUUAUUUAAUGUCUUCUGUUGGCUUGGGAUGGAGCUUGGUGUAUAAAUUUAUUCCCGUGAUCUUUCCCUGCAAGGCCGUGGAAGAACCUGACCAAUUGGUGUGUGUGUGAGAAAGAAUCUGUCCUCCUUUCCUUCCAUCCUUUCCUGCUCCACUUCCCCUGAAAGAAGGGGCUGGAUGGACCUAGGAGAAGGAGCCUAGAGUCUUCCAGCCCUUGCACUCUUUGUGGCAACCACUGCCAAAAGCAAUGCCAUGUUCUGUGAAAUAAACUCAUCCGUGUCCCAAGUAGUUUCCCUUCCUUGUGCGCCCCGUGCUGCUGUGCCCCUCCUGCUACCCCGGCUCCUGCUGCCUCUCACAGUCCACAUUUUCUGGAACAGCCAGUGGUACUGGCUGAAGAUUUGGCUCUGCAGGCUAUGGGAGGUGCCCUCCUAGGCACAUCUGUUCCAUACUGAAGGGGUGCAUAGGAGCUAAAAGUUGUGAUUUUUUGAGUUCCCUGAAACUUCACAAAUGAUUGGUUAAUUAAAAUUAAUUAUGGGAAAUGUCUUGUAUUGUGAUUAAUAGUUGCUGUUUCUCUGUGGUGUGCCUGCUGUUCAUCAAACUGCUCAAUGCAGGGGUGGGCAAACUUCAGGCUUAUCUGAUUGUCUUUGUUUCUUUAACUGGAAUCCAAAAUCUACUAACCAGGGGCAAAAUAUAGAUUAUUAUUUUUAGAAGGGUCCUCUGAGCCCAUUUUGAAUCCUAGGAAUUGGUUUUCAGUACUAGAACGGAGCUCAUAGUCCUUUUGCCCAAGUCUUCUCAUGCGUAACUUUCAUCAUUUCAGCGGCCAAAUUUAGAUGGGAAAGGUCAUUUUGUUAUUUCCUUUAGACAACUGAUAGUUGAAAAGCCCUGCUGAUUGAUUGCAAAUCACUCAGAGGUUUGAUAGAGCCUGUGAGGUAGCCGUAACUGGCCCAAGGUCACCCAGUGAGCUUCAUGACUUGAGUGGGGAUUUGAACCCUGAAGUUUUAAACUGUUGUAAACUUUAAGGGUUUUUUUUCCUUUAUAAUGUGGUAUAGAAAUGAAAUUAAUCAUCAUCAACAUCAUCCCUGAGAAAGAAAAUGAGACCUGGACAUUCCAUUGUGGCAGCCACAACCUAGAUUUAAAUUACCAUUUAGCGAUUAGCUUAUAUAUCUGAGUUUCUACACUGGACCCCCAUGGAUUGGAGGUUCCCUCUCCCAGGGUAAAGAGUAUUCCUGCUACCUCUUCCCAGAGGUGGGUAGUUUUGCCGUCCUAGGACCAUGAAGCAUAUUAAUUUACAAAACUGUAUUUGUAUCCUAUCUUGGGAGUUGCCAAAGGCAGCUUUCAGUUAAAGCAAAACUUAGCUGAAAAUUGGAAGCCAGAGAGUCACAUUGCAGAAGGGGAAACACUUCUUAUGGUAGGAUGAAUCUAAAGAUCUUAUAGCUUAAGCCCUGAGCAGGAUUUACCAUCUGUAAUCCAAUCCCAUGCCAGCCUUACCUGGUAACUGUAAGGGUGGGAGGGAAAAGCUGGAUUCCAGGCAGCAAAAUUUGUUAUUUUCCCUGCAAAGUUUAGAUAGUCAAAUGGGGGGGGGGAUAUUGUGAUAUAUUCUUAUUUUAAGGAAUAUAUAAAAAAAGAAAACUGAUUCUGUUUGUUUGUUAUUUCAUUAUUUACAGCAAGUCUUCACUGUUCUGAUUGGCUCAGUGCUUUUGGAGAGCAACAGAGCUGUGCUUAUUUUUCUACAGGAACUUAAAAAAUUAUGUGGCAGGGUGUUUAGUGUCACCUUUUGGGUUUCUUGCUGGGACAGAGCCCCACCCUGGGAGAUUUCCUGAAACACUUUUGACAACUGUAUAUUUAGCCUCUUUUCCACGUUUCCCACUACUCUGAGUACAAACACUUGAAUUUA